AUGUACAUUAGGUAAUACUAAGGCAGCUGUAUCCUGGCCACGAGUACGAGCAUUUGUGUGCGGGCCAACUGAACGCAGGAGAAACAGUGACUGAAGGAGGGGGCUAGCAAUUGAUGACAAGCAGCGAUAGACCAAAACGUAUAGUUUCAAAUUAACUCUUUGCUCAAACGAAUACCGAUGACACCGUUGUAAAACUAAUGCAGUUGGGGUCAUUCUAUCUAAACCAAAUGCCUUCUUCAUCGCAAUAAAGGAUGCAGAGUCGUAAACGGGAAAAACCGUUUAUUCGAUCUGGUGUUCUUGAGUAGGCUGAUACACACGACAACUAGCUGGCAACUGACGUGCAGAGUGUGAGGGUAGCUCUUCGAAGAUCUCCUCUUUUGAAUUCGAAAAGCUUCUCUGUAUCGGAAGCUUCUCUGUAUCGGAGUGGCCAUCCCAGGCUUGUGCAAACUCUCAAGGCGCCUGGUCGUCCAUCGCUGUUGUCACUGCGCAUGCAAAGUGCUCUGCCAAAGGUGUGAAGUGCGGGAAGGAGAGCGACGACCAACGUUUGAAUCAUGCCGAUACCGGCGUACCCGUCGCUUGCUGCGCACUUGCCCGCGCACCAGGCCGCCAGGGACGGCGAUAUUAGCGGUCUUGAGCGACUGCUGGACGGUAGCGGAGUGGCGAUCUUCCAGAGCGUGGACGACACUUCAGGGGACACUGCUCUGCACAUUGCGGCCGAGGAAGGCCAGCUUGAGUGCGUUACUUGGCUGUUGCGACAUGGCGACAUUUACUACCGGACCAAGAACACCACUGGCGAAACGCCAGCAUACAAGGCGGCGCUCAAUGGGCACUUGGACUGUCUGGAGACGCUCAUUGAGUUCGACAAGGAGAAAGCGAGUACGGCAGCAAACGAGGCGAACAACCAGGGCCUGACUUGCCUGCACACUGCCACUAUCCACAACCACAUGGCGGUUAUCAAAUGGCUACUGAAUCGCUACCAUUCGACGGCAUUCGCCAUGAACGAGUUUGGCGCAUCGGCUGUUCACUUUGCCGCCGCACAGGGUAAUGUUGAUAUUCUGAAGCUGCUGACGGAACAUCUAGGAGCUGCCGCAGCCAACAGUAGAGACUUCAAUGGCGCCACACCAAUCUACUUUGCAGCACAGGAAGGCCGGCUAGUGGCUCUUCAGUACCUGGUGACCGAGUGCACAGGUGAUCCGAUGAUCCGCGCCAACGACGGCAUGACAGCUGUGCAUGCCGCCACUCAACUCUAUCACUUGGAGACUGUGCGGUGGCUGAUUGGGGAGAUAGGAACACAUGGCAUUGCUGAUCGGACCAAAGACGGUGCUACGCCAGUUCACUUUGCUGCAGCCAAAGGCUACACGUAUCUGCUGCGCUGGUUCUUCGACACGCACCCAGAGCCGAAUGUUCUAGCACGACUAUGUGACAAUGCCGAUGCAACACCAGCACAUGAUGCAGCAGAGUUCGGACAAGUGGAAGCACUGAAGCUACUAUUACGCCAUGGUGCAGACCUGUUUGCUAGAGACCAGGAUGGUGCAAGCCCGUAUUCGCUGGCAACUGAUCAUCAAGGCGAGGAAAUUGACAAAUUUGUGACGCAUUACGCCAAAUCCCAUGGAAUGGAACUUAUGGAAGCACUGUGCAAGCGCCAGAGUGCACCCAACACAAGUGCACUCGAGGUCCGGCAGGCCCGCGGUAGGAAAAAUACCUCGACGUCAAAACUGACGGAAAACAUGGGCUCAUUCACGGAGUUUCUCGAGGAAUUCCUUUCCGAAGAGGCUGACGAGGAACCAGCCAGAGAUUUCUCCGUUCGCAGCAGAAGAUUGUCACGUGCCGAUGCUGACUUAGAGGCCAGGACGUAUUGCGAGGAGGAGGAAGCUAGCACGGCUACAGCCCGCAUGGACGCCAACGAAGGAGGGGUGGUUUCAGACGGUAGCACUCGACUAGCCGUUCAACCUGGUGCUUUGCCCAUGGACUUGAGUGUCAGUGUUGUUCAGCAUUUCUCUAGAGCCGAACACAGCAGUGAAGGAUCUCCGAGUGAAAGUGGUGAUCCAAGCAGGCUCCAAAUGCUCUCAGUAGUAUCGUGCACGCCAUCAGGCCUCCGACCUAAGCAGAGUGUUCAACUGGAAGUGAACGUUGCCGGAGAGCAGGGAGUUGCUGGCGACGUGCCCGGUAAACACGAGCUUCGAGUAAUUUGUACGCCAGGACAGUUAUCACGUAGCUCAAUAGCCUCUCCGCCACAAGUCGAAGACAUCACGGAUAAUUGUAAUAUUGAUGCUGAUGCUGACACUGGCAUUGCGACAAUGAACAUAACUUACUUUGCUGACAUCUGUAUCCUGAGAAUGAACCCAACGACCGGUAAUUUGAGUGUUGCCAAUGGAAACGGUGACGGUAGUGGUGGUGGUGGUGCCAGUAUGGGCUGUCUUACCGAUGCCGAUCGCUGCCAGGUGUCCGACUUCAUCUCUUCGUCAAUCUCCAGCACCGUCGUGGUGAAGGUGUUUUUCCGCUGGUUCCAUGCUACGAUGGGCGAACUCGGCAUUGGAUUUGGUGGCACCGAGGAUCAGUUUGGUGCCUUCAAUGCCGCGGAUGAGGUGAAGUCCUUCCAAAUGAAGCCCCUCAAGCUGACAUCCAGCGACUCCUUCCAGGUGAAAGUGCUCGUACGCGAUGAUGACUGGAUGAUUCCAGAGGACCAGCUUCAGAGCUGUGAGGACCAGAUUUGCAGCCUUGAAGCUGAGGAGAUCUCUCUGGAAGUCGUCCGACGGGACAACUUGAGCGACAGCACCACUUCCGACAAACCCGUGGUUAUCCGCCUUGAACUCAUCGUGGACUCGAGAACAGGGAAGAGAAGCCAUGCCAGGUCCUUCAAUCUUCCUCCCCCUCCACUGCCUCAGCGCAAAGGCCAGCGACUCUCACAGGCUGCGAGUGGACCGUGGGCAGACGAGCGGUUCCCGGCCAAGUUCUACUGCGGCUGGAUCAAGCUGAUCGACGAGAGAAUCCUGAGAGACCUUUCUGUCGAAUGUGAACUGUUGAAAGGCGACAUAAUCAAUGACCUAGUGGCGGCAACGAGCACGCCAAGUGUACACGCUCAGCUCUAUCUGGACCAUAUUACACCGCUUGGCGAGGACACGUUUGACAAGUUUCUGGCCGUUGUUGAAAAGGUCUACAAACAUAAAGUCCGCGACUUUGAAGAACUGAGGAAGCCCGGUUCAAUGGCUGACUUAAAGGAGAAACGUGAGAAUCCAUGGUGCGAUGAGCGGUUCUUCUCACACGAUCUGAGUCAGUGGAUAUUGGAGUUGAAUCCCCAGCGACUGCAGAACGAAGCCAGGAGGAAAAGGAUGUGGUGCAGGAAGUAUGAGACAGGGCUCUAUGAGCUGAGACACACACAGCAGCUUCACAACGAGAAGUUCAUCCGCUACAUGGCGCCCGGUGAGCAUGUUACAUUCGAGAAGUUCCUCGAGAUCGUCGAGGUCUUCAACAAGGACAAGGUUGAGAAGUUCAGGGAGCUGCUCUCUGAAGCGAAAACGCAGCGGACAAGAGGAGUGGUGAGAAAAACGGUAGUCGAUCCCGCUUCUCCUCUGGUCGGCAGCGUUGUGCCAGAUGAACAUCCUGCCACAGUAACGAGCACGCCAUCAUGCGAACCUACAGUUAUACCACCACCACGCAGUGAGUCGCCAUGCAUCCCUCCCAGCCAACCACCCGCAGGUGACCAUACGCAGGAGCCACCGACCAGUCCGACUAGGCAGCCGCUCGGUGAACCCGAGAGUGGGAAAUCUGGGCCAGCGUCGUCUCCUCGGCCGACUAAAUUUGAGGAUGAUGAUGACUCUGUUGCUGUUGCCGGUUAUCUAGAUGAUGAUUCGUCGAUGUCUAGUUGCUGUCGCUGCUGCUAAUCACCAUAAUCACUGGAACAUCCGUGCCAUCCACCAAACUAUUGUGCUGACUAUUCAUGCGCCACUUCCCCACCAAGGUGUCAAGUGGUAUCACUUUCUCUAUGGGCUAUGCAGUGCAGUACAAUGUACAUACUGAGUCCUAGAGUCAGCCUCCAGUCUCCAGUCUCCAGGUGAUUGCGUAGAGCAAGGCGUGAUCUGUGAAGAGAGAACUCAUAAUUCUAAUCAUUUCUAAAUAUUUCUAAACGAAGUCAGGGUCGCAAGCAUCCACACAAUUUCACACAUCCAGUCCAAUUGCAGAGACAGCAUAUUUUCUUUCCACUUGUGUCCACAAAGUUCAGGAUCCAACUUAUGAAUAUACAGAGCUUCUAACACAGCCAAAUGCAACAUACAUCAUCACCACAUAACAAUACUGAGAAAACAUUAUUACUGUGCAACUCACAACAAUUCGUACAAUCAUGUUGGCAGAUGUAGCUUAAUGCACGAAGUGCGAUUCUUUGCUCCGAUGGUUGUCUCCUCCAGUGUCCCGUCAUCUCGCCUCUUCGCGGCACCAUCAAUACCCGUCUCUGCCCCUUUUUCGUGGCCUUCCACGUUUUCUAACACUAGCCAUUGUGGGUGCUAUGUCCAGUGUCCUUGCAGCUACGUGAACCGAGAGAAAAUGUGUUGUCUCUGCAAUUGUUUAGGUGUAAAAAAUGUUACAUAAUUUGCACACUAUGUUCUAUAUGAUGUUGUCAUUAUCAUUUUCCUUCGAAGUUUGUGUCGUUCUGAACUUGAUAAUUUUCCACCUUGUCAUGAGCGUUGUUAUCUCAUUAUCUUUAUCCUAUUAUACCCUGUAGUCUAUUCUCCACUUGAGCUACUCCCUGCACUAUCCUUGAUGAGAAGGGAACGAAAACGUUUGAUAUCAUAAUUUAUGAGAAGUGAUUUCUUGACUUGAUGUGUGAAAUUGCAUGAAUGCUUGCAAACUUGAUUUUGUUUAGAAACUGCUAUCCGCUACCGACCCCUGUUACAUUUCAAAAAUGAUUUUAAAUCUUUGAGUCUCGCUCAAAUAUUUAUCUUUCCAUUGACACUGA